AUGGCGCGGCAUGACGGGCUCUACAGCUUUGGGGCGGAUGCCGUGCUGAUGGAGCUGGCAGGUGACCCUGGGGGGCUGCAACACAGGUUAAGUUUGGAGCUCCAAGAGAACGCCGCCAUCCAGCUGCGCGUGCGGGCACGUAUCAGCACUUUGGACCAGGGAGUGCCCCCUGCCAUGCAGCUCAAAGACAUUGAGGACGAGUUCCGCAGUUUGCUCUGGAGUGCCAUCCCGGAUCUGCUGAUGCCCGAUUUCGCGCCUCUGGACGAGCGUCUCCUGGAAUGUGGGAAUCGGGUUGGGGAUUUCUAG